CCAGACACUUUAGAGAAAGAAACAUAUUUCUCUCUCCAACCUCCUCACAAGUCUCACACAGUCACAACACGAUUUGGCACGUAUUGCCAGUCCAUUUAUAAUGCCAUAGACUUUAAAACGAGAACAAAAGAAAACCUGAAUGCAUUAGUAACCUAACCUCGAUGCUGCACGAAUAAUCUUUACUUACUAUCGCGACUAUAUUCUAUUUAUGUGUGAAGAAGAAAUUUAUAAUUGACAUUUGCGUAGUUCUCCUUUCGAUUAAUUGUUGAAUGACAGUAGUGUUUAAAUGGCAUUAUUGAUAACCUAAAAUACGUCAAUAUCAGGGGUUGAUAUUGAUUCAAGCAAAUGUAAAGAUUAGAAGCCGACCCAUUUGUUAUAACUUUGCCGAAUAAUAUGGUGAUGGCAGGAAACGGAAAUGUGCCAGGAGCUUUGGCAGAUGAUGCGUUAUCCGCGAGACUGCAAUGGCUACGUCAGCGCAGAGAGGCCUUGCAAGAAAAACUUGCCCAGAAGAACAACGAGUUGAAAAAUCUGUGCGUUGAAGAAGCAGAGAUAACGGGAGUUUUACCACUGGAAAUACCAUUGGAACCAGGAGAAAGUCCACCGACUUUCCAUCGAAAAACAUUUAUAUAUCCACAGAAGCUUAAUAAACCAAAAACAACCGACGUUGAGGAAUCGGAAUUGGAACUGGAAAGGCAAGUACAGCUCGGAAUUGUGGAGACCGCAUUGGGCAUUGUCAAUGAUCCCACGGAGAGCAAAGCCACCCGACGUAAGCACAGGCUCGCCUACCAGCAGAGCCAGCGAAGGCUACAGGAGUUGGAGACCGAGUUGAAUUUUAUCAAGCAAAGCCGUGGCAAAGCGCAUCGGUCGUCGCACUUGCCAAUGCAAGCUGGAAAUUACAACACGCAGCCGCAUGCGCACGUUAACGUAAAACACAGAACGAAGAAGCCACGACCGCCACUGGACAGUGCAGGAAACGAAGUGACUACUCCAAAGUCCGCUGGAAGGGGUAUACUCCAUGAACCUGGCAUUAGCCUAAGCCCCUUGGGUCCCGAUGAGAAAUGUAUCCUGGACAAGCCGAAUACGUAUUCCGGACUUGGGUAUGAGGAGCAGUUAACCGCACCGAGUAUCUGCAGUCAUUAUCACAGCGGCACUUAUCCCGGCGUUAGUCCCAUUGACCAGCCAAACAUCAAGAUCGUGGAACACGAUCACAACGACAACCACAAUAUCUACAUUCUGCCCGAGCAGUUUCGCGGACGUACGUAUUCCCACGGCAGUGGUGGGUCUCGCGGGCAAAGUCACUACGGUUCAGAUACGGAGAGAACUUAUCGUCUCUAUGUACCGAACACGUACACCGAGGACGAGCGUCUGAUACGCUAUCGGCAGCUUCAGCAUCUGCAGAAGCAACAGCAUCUGCAGGACCAGAUACUGCAACAGAGGCUGCAAUACGCGGACUCCAUCGAUUACAAACACUUGGACAACGUGGACGCCGUACAGCGAAGCGGCCAGGGCACCUACGAGAGAGACUUUCGCGCGUCGCAUUAUACGCCUGAUUAUCAGGUUUACUACAAGAACAGUGCGCAGUCUCAGCAGCAGCCACAACAGUCUUUACAGAGGCGGGAUCGCGAUUCAUCCGGCAGCAAGAACAGCCUGCGGCACACCAGCGGUAUAUCGCUCGAAACGCAAUUACCGUCCGGUUACUGGGUACGCCACAACGAUGACGUUCACUGGAUAAGCAUAGACGAGCCCACGACCGACAGAUUUGGCAGUCUAGAUCGUAGAAAACGAAGCAGCCAGCACAACAGCGCGGGUAUCUGCGCGAAUCCGGACGGACAGUCGCGCUACCGUACGGUAGCAGUCGCAGGUACCAAGAGCUCGCCCAGCAGCAACAUCGCCGCGUCGUCCCAUCAGCAUCACUCGGUUCACCUGUUACCGCUGGCCGAGCAACCGCUACCAGCGAGUAAUAAAAUGCUACUACGCACACAGUCGUUAGGUAGCGUCGAGACGUGGCAGUCGAGUCAUUUCCACGAUUCGCAUGACGGCAAAGACGUACCAGCGGAAUACGCCAGCAACCGUAAAAGCCGUCAGAAGGAAUGGUACGAGACGUCGUUGGAUUCGGGCGCGAGCGCCGAUCGCAAUUCGAUCGCUGCACAUAAAAAUGUCGCCCAUUAUCAGACGAGUCCGCCGCCAAUUCGCGUCAAGGCUAGUAACGACAGCGCGAAGAGCAGUCAGAUGAUUGGCGGGGCGCCAAUGAGCCCGGUGAACCGUCCCAAAAGAGACAAACAGUCCGAGGUGCAGCACAUGCAGCAGGCUCACAGCCGUUACGAUCAGCCCGCGAGACCGAAGGUACUGGAGAUACCAGCUGAAUCGAAAUCGUCCGUAGACGUUUGUGACGAUGCGGUACGACCGCUGAGUUCGCCGCAGAGCUGCACGGUUGUACAACCAGGAAAGUACCAACCGUACCGAGAAGUGACAAAGCCGUUCGAGAUGUCGGACUUUUACAAGUAUUCAACCAAAUUCCGCAAAAGGAACGAAACCGCCGCCGCUGCUGCCUCUCAGUCGCAAGUCAGGAACCAUUCUCCGCUUCAAGAGAACCGUCCGGUCGAGUGCAGCGUGAGUUCCAACGAUAUAUCCCGGGAUUCCAGUGCCUACAACGUCGGGCAGAACAUUAAUAAUGUCACUGCUAGUCCAGUACAAAGAAGACUUUAUCAACCGGUGCAACGUAUGACCUGCCAGCCUUAUCUCUCGUCGUUAAGAUAAUCGCGCCCAAUGUACGAUUCAUGCUGCUAUAUCACACGCGUAUGUAGAAUCAUUCGUCGAGGAUAGGCUGGUCCUAUCUCUAUCUCUUUCUCUUUCUUUCUCUCUAUUACAAAUAUUAGUCCAUUCAUCAACGUAGAUACGAAUAUACGCAUACCGAAGUAGCACAAUAUCUAUUUUUUCGAUCAGUAUUGUUCUCUCCGCUUCUCUUCGUUAAGAGCCAGCUAUUUAUUGAUAUAACUGUUCAUUAAUUCUCAUCGAUGCAGCAUUAUUGAAAGUAUUACAAUGUGUUGCAACCCUUACCAAAUCACAAUAUUCGAUAUGUAAAUCUACAUAUCUUUAUUUUUAGAAAUUUUAUAUCUUGUAUCACUUAUGUACAAAAUGUUUUGUGAUAAGAAAAGAAACGAAUGAAGGAUUAGAUGAAUAUAAGAAAGUUAUGUGAUCUCGAUCACAAUCAAUUGAGAUUAAUAAUGAGACUUGAAUGGUGCCUUCCAUUGAUCGAGAGAAGCGUCAAAUGAAUGGUAGAGCAAUAUUAGUAAUAUCGGGUAAUUGAUCGAAAAGUCCAUGCCGAUCUCAGCAAAAUUCAAACGUAAAACUCUAGAAGAAUUAAUAUGGAGAAGGUUCGUGCGAAUUUUUUUGGCGGAAUUCAGAUACAAAAUUUUGUGUUUAUUUUUAAUGCAGAGUUUUGCAUUUGAAUUUUACUAAGAAGGUCAACAUGGUCACUUCAACACAUUCUGAAAUUAUGCUUUAUGAUGAAUUGAUAGUGCUUUGCUGAAAACUACCUUCCAUUUGUCGACUUCCAUUGUAAUUAUAAUCAUAAUUGUGUUCAACAAUGAAUUUUAUAUAUUUUCUAUAUACAAUGUAGACAAGCUUUUAAAAGGAGACGUUGCGUAACGUUAGAUUACUAUUGUUAAGUUACUAAUGUUGAUCUGUAAAUGCAAAUCUUUCUACAAGCACUGAUUAUUAAAUUAUUAGAUACCGAAAAUGUAUUUUGUUAUGUAUAAAUUCUAUUCUUAAGAUUUUGCAGGGUCUGCCGAGAUGACUGAACAUAAAACGUAAAAAUAUGCAUUUUUAUAUAAUCUAAGAUGAUAAUAUUCAAUAUUUCUAUAAUAAGCAAUAUAAUAUAUAUAAUAAAAGCGAAAAUGUAUUUAAUCUUAGAACAAUGACAAUAUCGAUACGUGUGAAUAAUUAUUAUGUUUUAAUUGUUCAUACAUUUGCGUAUAUUAUAUUCAAUAUUACUUGGCGUAUAAUAUUGAGAAAUAUUAUAAAUCUCGCCAGAGAGAUUGUAUUUAUUUACUGCAAUGUGUUCGCCGAGAAAUUUAUUUUUAUGUUUAUGCUUGAUUCUUUUGAACGUUUGAUGCGUUUAUUAGCUAGCAAUUCUUCUUGCAUAAUAUCUAACAUUAUAAAAACAAUAUGCUGCUACUAUUGCGAUAUUAUAUAAUUAUAUAAUAUUCAUAUAAUUUGUGCACAUUAGAAACACUCCAGCAUCACAAAUAGGUAGAAGAUAACUGCCUUAUGCUAGCUGUGAUUAAUUAUAUGCGUGACAUGUAUGCUAUUUUUCAAAAAACUUUUUGUACUGCUUUGUAAUAUCAAUUUCAUAUAAAUAAAAGUACAAUAACA